CAACAGAUAGAAAGACAAUGAGCAUGUAAAGUGUUUGUUAAGCAAGAGUGCAUAAGUGAUAGUGUGUGAAAAAAAAUGUGUCCGUGUAAUCGGACAGGACACUGACCCGUGCGAAGUUUGGUUACCGGGGACGCGUCUGUCAGGUGGCAAUGACGCGGGUAGCGGGUGUGCCCCCGCGCUUAUCAGGAGAUAAGGCGGUGGCUGAUAAAAUCGGCCUAGUGGCAAACGUGGGCAAGUCUUCACCGUGACCAGGCUGCUUGCUAGACAGCGGCCGCCGCCCGUCAUGCUUCAUUCGCUAAACGCACUCGCCGGCAAGAUAUCGCCGGGCGGCGGCCUCGACAACAACGCAAACAAACACACGCAUCCGAACAGGAACUACAAGGCGUAUGCGCCGUCAUCACCCUACUCCAAAACUAAUGGGAUAAAUAAUAUGAAUAUAAAUAAUAACAACAACUGUACGAGUAUCAAUAACAACAACAAUGACGAGACAUCGGAGAUGCCGGACCCUGACUAUAUUAAGAUGUUCGUUGGGCAAGUACCUCGAAGUAUGGAUGAAAAUGACUUACGGCUGAUGUUUGAGGAGUUUGGUCGGGUGCAUCAGAUUAACGUGCUGAGGGAUAAGAUCACUGGUGCCAGUAAAGGAUGCUGUUUUGUGACGUUUUUCACGCGAAAAGCAGCCCUGAAAGCGCAAGACGCUUUGCACAAUAUCAAAACUUUGUCAGGGAUGCACCAUCCGAUUCAAAUGAAGCCGGCUGACAGUGAAAAUAGAAAUGAGCGCAAGUUAUUUGUGGGAAUGCUCAACAAGAAGCUAUCAGAGAAUGAUGUCAGAGCGUUGUUCGCGGGACACGGCGCUAUAGAAGAAUGUACUGUGUUAAGGGACGCACAGGGCCAAAGCAAAGGGUGUGCAUUCGUAACAUUCGUCUCUAAACAAGCUGCAAUUGCUGCUAUUAAGACGCUUCAUCACAGCCAAACCAUGGAAGGUUGUUCGGCACCCCUUGUUGUAAAAUUCGCGGAUACGCAAAAAGAAAAAGAACAAAAGAAACUGCAAGCAAUGCAGGCUAGCCUCUGGGGCCUGACGCCUGUGACGCCGACUUAUCAGCUGCCUUCGGAGGCGGCCUUAUCACCGGCAACGCAGCUGCAAUUGUUGCAGCAGUUGCAGGCGGUUGGACUGCAGCAACAGCUUCUACAAGGCCAAGGCUCAACAUUGUUACAAGGUAUUAACUACCCAGAUAUCGCUUUCAACGGUGCAGGGCUAAGUGGCGGAGCGGUGAGUGGGGUCGGGACAAUUGGUGGAUCGGACCAACUCGGUGGGCUUCUAGCGCCGGUGUCUGUGCAGAACUUAGCUGCGCUAGCGGCCAUUACGCAGCCCCCGGUCGUGACGCAAGCGGCGCCUAUGGCCCCCGCUACGGCCCAACAGCCUGCAGCGCCACAACUAUGUCUUCUCGGAAAGACUAACAUCACAGGGUCAACAGCUGAACCUCUAAGCUCUGCGUACGCGGCACAGUUUGGUACUUUCGCUGCGGCGCCCUUGGGGUCUGUGCUUGGUACGGCCGCUGCCGCAGCUGCUGGGAAGCAGGUUGAAGGCCCGGAGGGCGGCAACCUGUUCAUCUACCACCUACCGCAGGAGUUCACAGACACGGACCUCGCGUCCACCUUCCUACCCUUCGGUCACGUGAUAUCAGCCAAAGUGUUCAUAGACAAACAGACGAACCUCUCGAAGUGUUUCGGUUUCGUCUCGUACGACAAUGCCGCGUCGGCGCAGGCCGCAAUACAGGCCAUGAACGGAUUCCAAAUCGGUACAAAGAGACUCAAAGUUCAAUUGAAACGUUCGAAAGAGCUCUCGAGACCGUACUAGAUGAACGGUGGCGAGUGAGUUGUGAACGAAAAGGUUGUUUGACAUUUGUUGUGAUGUAUCCGGUGCACUCGAACGACUAGCUGUAAGGGAAUGCGUCCAAGUGCACAGUUGUUAACUAAUAAGUGUAAGGUUAAGGUUUGUGUCGAUGCUGUGCGCUAACAGGAACUAAUACUAAGCGAGAACGAGAACACGCUUAGUAUUUUUUAAUGUUGACCUCAGCAAAAAUUUUAUCGUUUCCAAAGUAUUCCCCAAAAUCAUUUAAAGCUAUCGUGUUAUUUUAUUAUUAAAUUUUAAGUCAUAUUCUAUUUAGUUGCGUUCUAAAACUAAUGUACGAAGACGCCAAAGAGCUGAGACAACUUUUUUUCAACGAGUGUCAUAUUUUUAAUUUAAGUUUGAGUCCAAAGCGCAGCACUACCGUUUUGGUACUGAGGCCAAUGUUCGGCAACUUGUAGCGGCCUGUUUUCGCUUAUAUUGAACAAUUCAAUCAGAAGAAAACAGGCCGUUCAAAGAUAACGAACAAGGGAAUAAAGUAAUCAUAGUUAUUAUUUACUACUUGUUACUACGAAUAAAUGAAUGUUAUUUUCAAAUAUUACCUGUAUUUGUUACCAACAAAUGUGGCCAUUUUUUAAAACAGACGUUUUGAGUUCUUUGAUUUAAAAAUAAGGUUUUAGGUUAAUAAGAUGAUCUCAAAGUGAUCAAUGUGUUUAUUGUUUACCUUGUUGUCUGUCGUAGUGUACUUAACAUGUGUUUUAACAAAGCUUCGAUUCGUAGAACUAUAAAAGGCUCGUAUUCCGAGACGUAUAUCGAACCGAAUCUAGUUUAAAGAACUGUCAAAUGAUUGUUUAUCUACUAAUUUUGAAGUUUAGGAAUACGGGUUAUAAUUUCUGUAAAAGAAAUUCUAGACAGACGAACUUUUUAUCGCAAAUGACCACACAUCGGAACAUCGAACGCUGAUAUAGUCAAAAUGUCUUAGUAUUUAAGUAUUUAAUAUAUUAACUAAGUUUGUGUAAGUUUCACUUUCUUUCGACUUCUAUUCGUUUAGCGACGGCCACUUAGCACAUAUGCUCAAUUCUGCUUUUACUACGUUUAGUAUUUUAAAAAAUUGUAUAUAUAUAUGGCACUUACGUGGGACUUUACUCUAUAUUUGAUUAGAUGUUUCUUAUUAAAAUUAAGUGUUCGUAUCAUUUUCUUAUGAAAGUUAUUUAGAAAAUUAAAUUUAAAAAAUUAAAAACAUAUUUUAAUACUACUUAGAUUUGUGCCAAUUGUAAACGUUAAUUUCGGCAAAUUGAAUGUUGCAGUUCUUACAACUGGUUAAUAGCGAAACUGGUUUGAGGAUAGCGCCAUCUAUCGUUUGCGUGAUUUUUUAGAUUACAAUUGUUUGACAUAACGAGUUUUACGAUCGGUAUUGCCUAUGAUGUGACAUACUACUGAAAAAAAAGUCAUGUUAUUUACAAUUUAUUCUGGCUUUUACUGUACUUAUAUUUAGCAAAUUAUAUUGUAUGAGUUUAUUUAUAGCCUUAAGUUGCGGCCCCACUAGAGUCCUGGAACACAUUAGAUUUUUUAACCAGAACAAGUUCCGCAUUUUAAGAUUAGAUGGUGAUGAUUCUGCAGACAGGUACUGACGAUGAUGGAGCACCUAAGUGGAGCCGUAGUAAUUGUUAAUUUUAGUCUGGUCUCGGUGUCUCAACAAAGACAAUACCAAUAUUUAGACUGAAUAAGUUCCCUUUUCUUUGUUCAUAUCAAACUUAUUAUCAAAACUAACGUGAAAUAUUUCACAAAUAUUAGGUUAAUUUCAUUUAAUUUAUUGAAACGGGUUGUUCUGCGAAACAGCAUUCUUCGCAUAUUGUUUUAGGAAAUAGACGAAUUAUUUCGUAGAUGACAGUGUUAAAUUUUAAAGAUACUAUAUAAAUUUGUUCAGUGUUCGGCUAAUGUUUUAAUUUUUUUUUUAUAAAUAAAAGUCGGCUACUAGCCACAUUGUGAAUAGACUAUGUUCGAUCUUCACCGACUUUUUACGACGUUUUGGAGAAUACUCUUCAAACUUGAUUCAUAUAGAUUAAACUGAUGACUACGAGGAAAACGACGCGUCAAAAACUCGGUGAACUUGAAGCUACGUAAGCUAGAUAAUGAAAUGUAUAAAUUUUAACUUAACUAUAGUUAGGUGUCUCUGGAGAGAAUCCAUUGUUGUUGUACUUUGUAAAAUCGAUAAAACUGUUAGAUUUGUACAGAAAAAAAAACAUUGAUUAUGUACAAGGCUUUUCAAGCACGACCGCCACUAAGUUGAUAUUUUUCAUGUAAUUAUGUUACCUCACCUAUGGUUACUGCAUUUUCAAUAGUGUUCAUUCAAUGACAUUUUUUUAUUAAAUUUCAAUCGUAAUGUUUUAAGGUUAUCAUUUAAAUGUUUCAUUAAAUUACAGAAGAUUUAUUUCUACGGUGACAAAUGACUAAAGGUAGUGAGAAUUAAGGGGGAUUUUACAAUUUCACGAUAUUUUCUCAUUCAACUGUUACUUACGUUGAAAGUAUGGACUAUUGAUUUGAUAUUCAACUACAGAAGUUAUUGAAAAAUCUCCACGGGUCUAAGGAUUAAGAAUUUUCGAUUACUUUAAGCAUUGUACACUUUUGUUAGAAUACAGGUUUUAAUAUUAAAAAUACAAUAUGGCGUCACGGUCAAACAAAGUCAUAUCGCUAAUGCCGCAGUAAAUAUAUUUUUUCCUUAAUCUACGGCACUAUAUCCUAUGUACAAUCGAUGUAAAAAAAGAACUGUUUUAUACAACACCCGUUUUGUUGAUAUAAAUGUAAAUAAAUGUCAAGUUAAA